CAAACUCUUCCAGCUUGGAAUAUACUGAAGAAACAGACGUAGAUCCUCAGAUUCAAGCAGCUAUAAAGAAAAUGAAUAAACUUGAUGCAAUACUGGCAAAAAAGCAUUUUAAGGAGAGAGCAAUUAAAAAACAAGGCAAAGAAAUGAGGGCAAAGUUCUGGGAAGAACUUCAGUCUAUUAGAAGCACUGGAAGCCGUGAGGAGAUAGAAAACACAAACCUUUUUUUAUCUUUGAUCUCAUCAUGGCAGGAUACAGCUGAUCCCUCACACGCUGGAGAAGGUAAAAUAUGUGCUUCAGUACUUCACACACAAGUUAAUCCAGAAGAUUAUAACUGCCAUAAAACCCAACGGAAUCAGGAUUAUCCAAGUGAAUCAGAAACAAAUGAAUUUCUUAAUCAAGCAGAAAAAACACGUAGUAAAAGUAAAAACAGUCAGGACUUCAUUAAGAAGAACAUUGAGCUAGCAAAAGAUUCGGGAAACCAGAUUGUUAUACUUGAGGGAGAAAGGAAAAGGCUAACUGAACUAUUGAAAGAUACAGAAGAUGGAACUGAAUUGCGAGGUCUUGAGCAGGAGGAUGUAUCUGGCUGGUUGGCACCAGGAGAAGGGUACACACCUGAAGCGAUGGACUGUCAUCACCUAAAUGAGAUAGACAUUAAGCUUCAAGUACUGCUAUCUGAUGGGGAUAUUUCUGCAGUUUCCAGCUCUUGCUCAAAACCUCCAAUCCAGAUUCAUCAGGAGUCUCUGGUUUAUGCAAACAGAAGCCUAGAAGCAGUUCCAGGUGAAAAGGUUCUGCGAGACAAUAAGGAACAACGUGAUCAUCAAAAUCGUCUGAGAGAAAUAGAUCAUCAGCUGAAAUCCCUGGAGAAAAAGGCUUCAUUGACCUUGUAUCGCUUUUUGUCACCACUGGCCUUGCUCGUGAGACAAACACAAUCUGAGGAAGUGCGUCUGGGAGCCGUGUGUCUGGAGGACACAGAGGCCUGGGAAAGGCAGCGGGCCGCUGACUCAUUCCCGUGUUGUGCGUGGAGACGGGUCAGUUCCAAGGCUUGGUUGGGUCCUGGCAGUAUUGUCUGGUACCGCGUCGCGUGCCGAGCCUUGCGACAUAGCACACGUUCCUCCUCGGCUAGGCCGGGCGUGUGCAGAACUACGAGUGGAUGGACU